AUGUCACUGCUGCGCUCCUGCAUCCGUCCAGCUCUUCGAACCCAGUCUCUGGCUUCUGCAUCGCGCUGCUUCACCAACAAGCAGGUGCCUCCCGAACAGCUUCUCAAAUACCUGCGCUCCGGCUCGCCAACCAUGUCUGACGCCGACAAGAAGAUCGCCUCGCUCCAGGCCGCACGCGCCGAGCAGGACGACAAGGUCCAGCAGCUGCGCGCCGCCAACACCGAGCCCGCCACGCUCAAGGCCGAGAUCGGCAAGCUCAAGAAGCUCGAGGCGCAACUCGCCCAGCUCGGCAUCGGCGCCAAGGCCGGCUCGUCCAAGCAGGAGGUCAAGUUCACCCUCAAGACGCCCAAGGGCACGCGUGACUGGGAGCCGCUCGCCAUGUCGCUGCGCAAGCGCAUCUUCUCCACCAUCGAAGACGUCUUCUCCGCCCACGGCGCAGUCACCAUCGACACGCCCGUCUUCGAGCUCAAGGAGAUCCUCUCGGGCAAGUACGGCGAGGACUCCAAGCUCAUCUACGAUCUUCAGGACCAGGGUGGCGAGCUGUGCUCGUUGCGCUACGAUCUCACCGUGCCCUUUGCGCGCUUCGUCGCCAUGAACCCCUCCGAGCACGGCAACAUCAAGCGCUACCACAUCGCCAAGGUCUACCGCCGCGACCAGCCCGCCAUGUCUAAGGGCCGCUUCCGCGAGUUCUACCAGUGCGACAUCGACAUCGCCGGCGUCUACGACCCCAUGGUGCCCGACUCCGAGGUGCUCUGCAUCCUCGUCGAGGCACUCGACGCCCUCGGCAUCGAGGGCUUCACCAUCAAGAUCAACCACCGCAAGAUCCUCGACGGCAUCUUUGACAUCUGCGGCGUCCCCGCCGACAAGAUCCGCACCAUCAGCUCCGCCGUCGACAAACUCGACAAGUCGCCCUGGUCCGAAGUCAAGCGCGAGAUGACCGUCGACAAGGGCCUCGCCGAAGACGUCGCCGACCGCAUCGGCGAGUACGUCAAGCUCAAGGGCGGUCGCGACCUGCUCGAAAAGCUCAAGGCAGACGCAACCAUGUCUGGCCACGCCAUCGCCUCGCAGGGUGUCAAGGAUAUGGAGCUCCUCUUCGACUACCUCGACGUCUACGGCAUCUCGGACCGAAUGAGCUUUGACCUCAGCCUUGCUAGAGGCCUCGACUACUACACUGGCCUCAUCUACGAGGCGGUCACUGCCGCCUCGGCUCCGCCUGGCUUCAGCGGUGAAGCAGCAGCGCAGGACAAGGCGCCCGAGAAGAAGUCCAAGAAGAAGAAGUCGGCAGAUGGCGAGGAGGAGGUGGACGAGUCCACGGUCGGUGUUGGCUCCAUCGCUGCCGGUGGACGAUACGACAACUUGGUGGGCAUGUUUUCGGGCUCCAAGAAGCCGGAUGCGGUUCCGUGCGUCGGCGUGUCGAUUGGCGUCGAGCGCGUCUUUGCCAUCAUGAUGCAGAGGUUGCGCGAGAAGGAGGCGCGUGGCGAGCGCACCAGUGUGCGAUCGAAAGAAGUCGACGUCUACGUCAUGUCUGUCGGCGAGGGACUGCUCAAGGAGCGCAUGCAGGUGGCCAAGAUGCUCUGGGACGCCGGCAUCAAGGCGGAGUUCAUGCACAAGGCCAAGCCCAAGCUGCCGCAGCAGUUCGGCGUCGUCGACAAGGAGGGCAUCCCCUUUGCCGUCAUCCUGGCACCCAACGAGUGGAACGCAGACGCGAGACAGGUGCGCGUAAAGCAGCAGAAGGGCAAGGACUCCGACGAGGGCCAGGGUCAGGGAGAGAUCGUAAACCUCGACCAGCUCAUCAAGCACCUCAAGUCGCUCGGCGCCGGAAGUGGCAGCGUCGCCCUCGCCGACCGACAGAGCAUCAUCUAG